AGUCAUUUAUGCACCUCAGUGUACAAUAGAUACAUGAGUGCAUGGUGGUUUGACUGAUUGUGAGUUUAGCUGAUUUAACCUCACGUUGACCAGAAGACAAAAUAUAUCUACGACGGAUUGACAUUUCGACGUCUAUGACAGGAUAAUUAAGCUCAUUCGCAAGUGCUCAAAACGUUGGAAAAUUAAGAAAAUGUUUAAAAAAUUCGACGAAAAGGAUAGCGUUUCUGGUAUUCAACAAUUAAAAUCGUCGAUCCAGAAAGGGAUACGUUCAAAAUUGUUGGAACUAUAUCCACAUCUUGAGACCUACAUAGACGUUAUAAUACCAAAGAAAGACGCUUUCCGCAUCGUGAAAUGCCACGAUCACAUAGAAAUCAUAGUGAACGCGGCAGGAGAGUUGUUGUUCUUCCGCCAACGUGAGGGCCCCUGGAUGCCCACUUUGAAAUUAUUACACAAGUAUCCAUUCUUUUUGCCAAUGCAACAGGUCGACAAAGGUGCCAUUAGGUUUGUUCUCAGUGGUGCUAAUAUAAUGUGUCCCGGUUUAACAUCGAAGGGUGCAAAGAUGACGACUGUGGAGAAAGGAACAGUUGUCGCUGUUAUGGCAGAGGGGAAGCAACACGCAUUGGCCGUUGGAAUUACCACAUUGUCAACGGAAGACAUUAUCAAAGUUAAUAAGGGAAUAGGCAUAGAGAACCACCACUACUUGAAUGAUGGACUUUGGCAGAUGAAACCAGUAAAGUAAAACCAGUGAGAUUGGAGAUUCCAAAGUGUAUAAUCGCAGAGUGAUUUUACACGUUUCCGUUUCACCUCGUGAUGCAACAACAAAAUCCACCGAUCCAUCAGUGUUGCCACAUGAAGUGAACAGUUCAGUUGUACAUGUCCGCCGUAGGCCAUAAUAAAAUUAAGAAUUACCAUUGCA